CUCCAAGAUAUUUUUCUAUAAAUUUAGGCUCUUCCUUUCGUAUCUAUUGUCGUCUUCUUGCAGAGAAAUUUUUUUAAAGAGCCUCGAAAAUUUCACAAACUUGUCUCCUUUUCUCUCUUUCUCACUCUUUCCAAAUUUUAGUAGCUUCUGAAAAUUUCACAGCCCUAAACACAAGAAAGAAAAAAAUGAGCAAGUUCUGGACUUUCCUCACUGCUCUUCACUCAGGCGCUGGUCCCCUAGUGAUGUUGGUGUAUCCAUUGUACGCAUCGGUGGUGGCAAUGGAGAGCACAACGAAAGUUGACGAUGAGCAGUGGCUUGCCUACUGGAUCAUUUACUCCUUCCUCACCCUCACAGAGCUGAUUCUGCAGUCGCUUCUUGAGUGGAUCCCUAUUUGGUAUUCUGUGAAACUUGUGUUCGUCGCUUGGUUGGUUCUGCCUCAGUUCCAUGGCGCAGCUUUCAUCUACAACCGUGUGGUGAGAGAACAGUUUAAGAAACAUGGCGUCUUUGGUUCCUCUUCUCACACAAAGCACUCCAAGCAUACCAAACCCAACAUCAUCAACUCCAUUUUCCACCGGGAGGGACACGAGGGUCACUCUCACUGAUGCCAAAGCGGAGGAGAAGCUCGAAUAGCAUUGUAAUGGGAGUUGGUGGUGGCCCCUCUUGUCUUAAGUCUAAUCUUACUUUUGCUUUAGUUUUAUUUAAUAAAAAUUGUUGGGUCUGAGACUCUGAGGAAUAUGAUGAUGACUGAUGAGGUGUGUGAUCGUUUUAAAUUAGAAAUGGCUUCUUGUUGUUGUUGUUGUAUUGCUUAGCUUCCACGCGUUUUCCAUUUGGUAACACAAGUGUUAAACCCCUAUUGGUCAAUCACUUUCUAAUGUUAUGACUUGUGAGAAUAAUUAGUCUUCAUUGCAUAUGAAAAUUGAAAACAAUCAA